AUGUGUAAAGACAACAACAGCAACAACAUCUACCCCAGUUUUGGUGGGAUAUGUUUAUUGAUUAGUAAAGACAACAGCAGCAAAACGUCUACCCCAGUUUUGGUGGGAUUUGUUUAUGGAUUGGUAAAGACAACAACAGCAACAACAUCUACCCCAGUUUUGGUGGGAUUUGUUUAUGGAUUAGUAAAGACAACAACAGCAACAACGUCUACCACAGUUUUGGUGGGAUUUGUUUAUGGAUUGGUAAAGACAACAACAGCAACAAUGUCUACGCCAGUUUUGGUGGGAUUUGUUUAUGGAUUGGUAAAGACAACAACAGCAACAACGUCUACCCCAGUUUUGGUGGAAUUUGUUUAUGGAUUGGUAAAGACAACAACAGCAACAAUGUCUACGCCAGUUUUGGUGGGAUUUGUUUAUGGAUUAGUAAAGACAACAACAGCAACAAUGUCUACGCCAGUUUUGGUGGGAUUUGUUUAUGGAUUGGUAAAGACAACAACAGCAACAACGUCUACCCCAGUUUUGGUGGGAUUUGUUUAUGGAUUGGUAAAGACAACAACAGCAACAAUGUCUACGCCAGUUUUGGUGGGAUUUGUUUAUGGAUUAGUAAAAACAACAACAGCAACAAUGUCUUCCCCAGUUUUGGUGGGAUUUGUUUAUAAAUUAGUAAAGACAACAACAGCAACAAUGUCUACGCCAGUUUUGGUGGGAUGUGUUUAUGGAUUGGUAAAGACAACAACAGCAACAAUGUCUACCCCAGUUUUGGUGGGAUUUGUUUACGGAUUAGUAAAGACAACAACAGCAACAAUGUCUACCCCAGUUUUGGUGUGA